GGAGACGGAAGAGCAGAGAGUGGUGGCGGUGGCCAGAGCGGACCUGGGCGCCAUGGAGGGCCGCGGGAGAGAGGUGGCCCAGUUGGCCGUGCAGCAGCAGCUCCGAGCCGCCUACGGGAUCAAGGUGAAGACCCGGGCGGCCAAAAGGAACAAGCCGACGCGGUCGGCAGCCGCCGGAGAAGGAAGGGGCAAAAUCUUUGGGAUACCUCUUCAUGAAUUACCUCAGCAGAUUGUGCCUGAAUAUGGACAUAUACCUUGCUUUUUGGUUGAGGCUUGUAAAUACUUGGAAGAGCACAUUCAUACUGAGGGGCUCUUCAGAAAAUCUGGAUCAUUUAUGCGUUUGAAAACAUUAAAGACUAAACUGGAUCAAGGUGAAAGUGGCCUGUCUACUGCACAGCCCUGUGAUGUUGCAGGGCUUCUGAAGCAGUUCUUCAGGGAGUUGCCUGAGCCCAUCCUUCCAAAUGAGCUACAAGAAGCUCUCAUCAAAGCCCAGCAACUCAACAGUGAGGAGAAGAUUUCUGCAACACUGCUGCUUUCAUGUCUUAUAAAUGAAAGACAAAUUGAUACACUCAGAUAUUUUUUCAAGUUCCUCAAAAAUGUGUCUCUAAGAUCUGCUGAAAACAAAAUGGACAGUAGCAACCUGGCAGUAAUUUUUGUUCCAAAUCUCUUGCAAUCAAGUGAACCUGACAAGAUGACAGAGAAGAAACUUCGUUUGCAGGCUGCAGUUCUGCAAACAUUCAUUGAUCAUGCAGACAAAAUAGGACAUUUUCCAAAGGUUAUCCUGGAAAAGAUACCUGCUCUGCUUGGUAUUGAUGAUACCAUCUCUAUGCCUUCACUGCAAGAUUGUGGAGAAAAUGAAAUCGAAACUCCUCGUGAACACAUGAGGAGGAGAAGGCAGAGCAUAGGAGAUGUUGUUAGUGGAGCACUGAAUAAAUUUAAAUCUAACAGAACACCCUCCACUACACCUCAGAAAGGCAGAUGUGUAAUUCCUCCGGUGACUCCAGUGAUUGUUACACCAAAUUGUAAGCGUAAAUAUCCUGCUGAUUCUUCUCAAGGCUUCUCUAGUAAGAAAAGACGAUCUAUCAGGCAUAACAUGGGUCUUGAACUGUUACCAAAUACUCUUUUCAGCACUAGCUCAACGCCUGGAUCAGUUCAGUUUGAAUUAAGUCCUAUAUUACUUGAAGCAUCUCAAAAUUCACUAUCUGUCUCAGUCACUGGUGAAAGUCACCUCCCUAGUAUAGGGAGUCGAAGAAGCAAAAGAAUUGCCAGCAAAAAAGUGCAGAGGGCUGACUCUGGAAAAAUGGGUUGCUUUUCUCCUAAAAUUAGUCGGAAAGAAAUGGUACGCAGGUCACUGCGAUUAAAGUUCAUUCUGGGAAAAAGCAGCAAAGAGAAUACAGCAAUGGAUCAUCCUGCUAGUAACAGAUCUGAAAAUAUUGGUCGUCGACUUGCAAGUCAGCAGGACAAGGAAAAUGGAUUAGAUUCUGUGAAGAAGGGUACAUUAUUAAGCCCAUAUGUUGGUGAGUCUAUAACAAAGGUAAAUAAGGCUUACAUCAGCAAAUCAGAGGAAAACUUGAAAAUUGUAAAGCAUAAUGAUGCAAGCUAUCGAAUGUCCUGGACUGGCCCAAAUACCACAGAAUCUCAGGGAACUGGUAGUAGAGGUACUGCGUCAAUGGCAAGAUGUGAAGUAGCAGCCUCUUCCUCAGAGCUUGCUCUUACAGUCAAAGAACUGCCAGUCAUUCCAUUUAAAAUUGUGGAUGCAAGAACUAGACAGGAUAGCAAUAAACGACAAACAUCCUUAUGUGAAGAUGAAAAUAAUGUGACUACAGACACUUUACUGAAAAUUAAGAAAGCAUUUUCUGAAUCUGGAAGCAAUCUUCAUAAGUUAUUUGAAACUGAGUCUUCAAAAUCAAAUUCAACAGGAGGAACAAUGUGCUUUACAGACCUUAAUCUAGAGAGGCAUCACUUUAAAGGUACAGCUCAGAAAAUGUCAAAUGUAGAGCAGAAGACUCUGUUUACAAACUCUGCUUAUGAAUCAAGUGAAAUUGACAAAUGUCUGUCAAGUACAGAUAAAACCAGUUCUGUGGAGGGAUCACUGUCCCCAAAUAAUGCCAAGACAGAUCUUGAAAUCCAUGAGCUACGUGAAAAUGAUGGCUCAGUGCAAGAGGACCAGCUGAUUACAAGGACCUCUCCACACCUCCAGUUACAAGGCACAAGUACUUUGCAAAAGGAAAUACUGGAAUCCACUGAGCAAUUUAGCACAGAAAGAUUGAUUGAAGUUAAAGAACCUAUAUACUGCAAAUCAGAGCCAGAGACUAGAAUGUGUUGUGAAUCAAAAGAACUUUCCUUGCUGUUAUCAGGAGAUGGAGACAGAAAUGGCAAACAUGCCUUGCACGUGGAUAUAUGUGAGAAAUCUAAACUUUCCCCUUCCGGAAAGGUUGCUGACCACAUACAUUGGUUCAACAAACUUUCAUUAAAUGAACCGUGUUCUGCAACCAAAACAAAGCCACCUCUUAAGUUCCAACGCACCCCUGUCCGUCAUUCUAUAAGGAAGAUGAACUCCCUCUUGGAAGCCAAUAAGCAUAAAGUUACUUGUAAACUAAUGAAAGCUGCUGACUGUCCUUCUCUUGUUAGAUCAGUCAGCUAUGAAACUGCACUGUCCUCUUGUGCAGAAAGCAUGUCUAAAACCUCUACAGCUUCAUCUCUGCCUUCUGAACCAACAUGCAAGCAGAUGUCUACAUAUGAUCAGUUUGCUCGAUCUUCCAAACCCUUCCAACAACUGAUACAUCCAUUAGAACAAGCCAGCAGACCUGAUACAAGCUGCAAAGAGACAGUGACUACUGCAAAUCAUUCCAAAUCUGCCCUUGAGGACCUAACUAAUCAUGAAGCACCAAAAACUGUUGCAAAAAUGAACACAAACAUAAAUGCCGCAAGUGCUACACCUGAUAAGUGUGUUCUCAGGAAAACAGUAGAAAUAAAGACUCGCUACAGAGGAUCUCCAAAGAAUCCAAUGGCAACAUCAAAACUUCUUCCGGUUGUUAAACCUCUUGACUUAUAGAUUUGACAGAACACACAUAGGUUUGCAUGUUUAGGAUUGCUGCCAGAGUACUGGAUUUAGAAUAUUUUUGAUAAGACAGAAGAGCCCUUUCUACCCACAAGAGGGUGCUAGAGUGAUUCUCCAGGCAGAGUAAAGGUGAUGGUGAUUUUCAGCAAUUCUUUUUCUCAUACAGGCCUUUAUGCCUUUCUCAAAAUCUGCACUGGGAGGUGGGGUAAUUGGAUCCCUACAAAAUAGUGGGGAAAAUAAUAAGAUACUGGGGGCUAUAGAGGGAAGGAGAAAUUGGUGCAUUUUCUGUCUACAUAACACAUGCUUUCUGUAAACAGAAAUCCAUUCUAGGAAUGCUUCUGUUGCACAAAAGAAACUGUUUUCAAUCCCAAAGUCUGGGUUUUGUUUUUUAUUUCUUUUUAUUUCUUUUUGAAGGGGGCGAAUAUUUUCACUUGCCUUUUAAAUAUAAAUAUUGUCUCUUAAACUCAGUAGAAAUUAAGUUGUGACUGAAACUUGAACAAGUGAAUAAUUCUGUUGGGUAGCAUUUACCUUGUGGGUUCCUAUUAGGUAUUUGUUAUUGUAUGUUUGAUGAGUUUUAUGAGGGGAAAAACUUGCAAGUGCUGCUAGCUACUUAACUCAGAUUUCAAAAAGUACAAAGAAUUUGUUUGUAGUUGAUAUUUUUGAGAACUGAAAAUGUGGAAGUGUAGUCUUACAUGCCAAGUAAAACGUGGUUCAUACACUUGAAUUUUGCUACAUAGUCACAGUUCUUGCAACAUUCAAGUAUCUGUGAUGGUUCAUAUUUUACACUAGUGCUGUUUCCUUAUGGCACAGAUGAAAGUUGCUGUUGGACUACAGAUCUCAUCAGCCUUAGCCAGUAGAGCCACUGGUGAGAAAUGCUGAGAACUGGAGUCCAGCACAUCUGGACUACAGAUCUCAUCAGCCUUAGCCAAUAGAGCCAAUGGUGAGAUAUGCUGAGAACUGCAGUCUGCACAUUUGGAGGUCACAUCUUGUUGCCCACCUCUGUCUUGCAGCAGUAACUGUUCUAAAAACUAUCAGGCUGUGUACUUUUUUAAGAGGUGACUUUUAGUUGAGGCAAACAAAUGGCCACCAAAUAAAAUGUCAAGUUUGUGUAGCCAUUGUGCUGUUAACUGUAGGUGGAUACACUCUGAAGCUCCUAGCACAAAAUAUGGUAGAAUACUCCAGUGUUGUAUUACAUGUACAUUAUUUUCUGUACUUGCUUUGUGGGGAAGGGCAGGCACAAAGAAACUUGCAAGUCUUUUAUGUGAUACAAAUCACAUGAUUAAAUGGAAUAAAAUGUGUGGAUUAUAUCACUGCAUUAAAACAUACUGUAUAAAGCCAUACUGUUCAUUUGCACAGGUAUUUGGAUCAGUUAAGUCUAAUACUGAAACUGUUGUUUGUCCAGUGUAUAAGUUAUUUGAUUUUUUGCUUUAGUUUUAUGUAUACUUUGUGACUGGGGUCUUAAAACUUCUCUCUGAAGUAAUUAAAGUUUUUUUUUCAUGCUGUGUAUAUAUAUAUAAUUUUUACUGUAGUAACCUAUUGUAAAUGUGUUGUAUAUCUGAUGUAUAGCUGUGUUUCCUUCUGAAGGACUGAUCUCUACCAAGUCUCCCUUUUAAUAAAAACAUUUUU